AUGGCAGAAAGACCUCUACUGACCCAUGAUAUUGAAGGUGAAUCCAUAGAUCAGACACAUUAUCGAUCAAUGAUCGGAUCACUCAUGUAUCUGACUGCCAGUCGCCCAGACGUAAUGUUUGUAGUCUGUCAAUGUGCUCGCUACCAGGCUAAUCCUAAACUCUCUCAUUUACUUGCUGUUAAACGGAUUUUUCGGUACCUCAAAGGUUGCCCAAAACUGGGUCUUUGGUAUCCGAAAAAUCCAGAAUUUGACCUUUAUGCUUUUGCAGACAACAACUAUGGCGGAUGUGAGCUUGAUAGAAAAUCGACUUCAGGAGGAUGCCAAUUUCUGGGCGAUAGAUUGGUUUCAUGGCAGUGGAAGAAGCAACAGACCAUUUCCACCUCAACGGCAGAAGCAGAGUAUGUCGUUGCGUCUGCAUGUUGUUCUCAAAUUAAGAUGGAAGACAUGGAACUUGCUAAGGUUCACAAAUCUGCCUUUUUUCUUGAAGAUUCUCCUGCCGCUCACAAUGACUUAAAGUUCGUUGUUGAUGGUUUGAAGAAGUCUUGCCUGGUCCAUGCAUUAACAACAUGCCCUGCAAUUUACCAGAAUCUGAUCAAGGACUUCUGGAGAAGCGCAGUUGUAAAGAAGGAUAACAAGGGUGAAAAGUUCAUUGAAGCGACAAUUGAAGGAAAGAAAGUUCAAGUAUAA